UAUGGUGAGGAGAGACACGUGGACUCUGCAUUUCGUGCCUGCAACAAUCAUUAGGCGCGAAAAAAUGGUCAUGGCGAAAAAGAAGAAACAAUUUGAUGAAUUGAAAUUUUGGAAGGAUCCGAGACUCUUCCUUCUGAAAUGUCUAUUAUGUGAAUCGGCUCUUCGAGGGCCCAUGAAAUUUCCAAGGUGACAUCUUCGAUUGAAAAUUAAAAGCCACCUCAAUUGCAAGAGGUAUAUUUGGCAAAAAUGGCAGAGUCGGCAAGCAACCAAAAUUUACCAUCGACGAGUAAGCAACAACCAUCCCAUGAGAAUAUCUACUUAGAGACUCACACCUGGCAUGAAAAAUAUUUUCACAUGAUUGACAAGUGGGGACAUAGAAUUCCACAUUAUUCAAAUGACAAGAGCCUUAAUAGAAAAGCCAGUUACAAAGCUAUAACAGAAAACUGCCUUUUACAAGAUAUUUCUUACUAUACUUGUAUCGAAAUAGUAGGAGAGAAAAAUUGGUUGGAAGCAACUUUGAAGGAACAUUGUGAUCCGAAAAAAAUUUUUGCAGCAAAGAUGUACACCAGUGGUCAGAGAGAAGGUACGAUAAUGUUCUUUAAAAAGAAUGGCUAUCCACAGUUCCCUAUUGGUAAUGUGAACUUUUUCUGGAAGCUAAGCGAGACAAACAUUAAAACCAUUUGGAUAUGGGUACAUCCUGCUUUUUAUAGUGAUUUUCUUAGUGAGAUUAUAUCUAGUUUUGACUUUAAACAGAAUAACGUGGGACAAGGUAGAACUGACAUUUCACACAAUUUAAAUGGUUGGUACACAAAUGACGCAGGCUGUGAAAUGCGUGUAUUAAAAUAUGCAUUAAAUAGGUUCAGACUUUCUGGGCCAACAGCUUUAAAAGUACUAAAAGAAGCAUUACAUGUACCAUCCCUAACUGAACUAGAUUUGGACUCGGAAAAUUGCCCUAUGACAGAAGAACAGGACAGCUUGUUAUGUGAUGAAGAAUUAGAUAUAUCAACAGAUAGUAAUGUCUCUGUGGAACUUGUGGAGAAAAUGGUAAUUGAUGAAAAUGAAACAGAUACCAAAGAUUUAACUAUACAAGAUCUUAAGGAAAAAAUGUGGCAUACUAAUUAUUAUAAAGAAAGAGAAAAUAUAGAAGCUUUUAAAAUACAAGAGAUAAUGUGGCAAUUGAUGAAGGUUUUGGGAUCACCAAGUUUUCUGUUAUCGAACAUGAUUAUUGGAUUAACCGUUUUAGAUCCACGCUUUUAUUUACCUGCAAAAAGGACGAGAACUGGCAUUUCUUUUUUUUCUGAAAACUUACAUUGUCAGUUACCAUAUAACUUAAAUCGUUCUCCUAUUUGGGAUGCACAAAUACGUCAUAUCGUAAACGAUUCUUGUUUAUCCACAAACACAAUCGAAGAGCUUAUCCGUGUACCUGGUAUGUCUAAUAAUCCAUAUUUUAAUAAGGAUGCAAAGGCCAAAAUACCGAUACUUCUUGUACAGAAACCUGCAGUAACUUCUUUAGGUUUAGGUUCCAAGAUAGAUAUUAUUAUACCAUCUAGAUGGGCAAUGGCAUUUUGGAUGGCACUUUUAAUGCGAUCUCCAUUAGUAGGCGGACUUCGAGAAACCAAAUUAAUAGUUUUUGAAAGUUUAGGACCAUAUGUACCUGAUAUUAAUGAUCCCGACACUCCUGCUUACAUGAGAGAAGCGUCGACAAGAAAGGAAGAAUUAACCAAUGAAUAUUUUUCUCAUUCACCAAUCCAAAGAGUUAACUUUAUCAAAUUUGGCAUUUGGAGUCCUUUCUUCUGCGAUUGGAAAAAUUUAACCAAAGGCUGGUCGGGCGUUGAAGAUUUUUACGUUUUGAGACACUUUAGACUUUUAACACUUUUAAGAACGGAAAUUAAAAUUGUUGAACGUCAGAAUGCAAAAUCCGAAUCAACUGUCCAAAAGUCAGAAUUCAAUUUUCAGGAAUUUGAGGAAUAUCAAAAUUGCCUGGUACAAGUCAAUUUGUCGAUAUUGAACAAAGGAACGUCGAAAGAUUUUGCGAUCAUAUGUAUGCCGACACUCGAAGAUUUGCGAAGUUUCGAAAAUAAUGAACAUUAUGACGGGCCUGUCGAAAAACGUCACGCCGAUCUCAAUGAAAAGUCCUGCACAAAAUUACGUGGAAAACGCUCGAUGCAAUUGAAACGACUAAGUCGGCGCAGAGUUAAACGGAAGAAAACAUUCCAAGGUAAAGUAUUGCCGGAGAAAUUUGAUGUCAUUCAUGACGUGAUGAAUCGUGCAAAACUCUCAAAACUUAACAAAACAAUAUCAGAUCGUGAGAAAGAAAAAAGAAAAUUGUAUCUCAAAGAAUCGACGGAGGUUCGCCAAUCCUGCGAUAGACAAGUCAUGGGGUACGUAACGAUGGGCGGUUAUUCAUUUCUUCGUGCGGGAAAUAUUGGCAUCGGAUAUGUCACAUUACCUUCGCUACUCCAAAUUAUUCGCAAAAAGUCUAACAUUGUUCUUGUUAGGAAUACUAAAGAACUACAGUAUAGAUUAGCACGAUUAGAAAUAUUAGUAGAUAUUAAGUCUGCGUCAUAAGUAUAUUUUUUACUUUAUGAAUAUUUUAUCUUAUUACCAGAGUCCGGAUCUCGGGGCUGUUUUCCCCACUCCAAGUGCAUGGUAGCGGCCGAUCGUCGCGAAAAACAGUACUGUCUGUGAUUUAUGCCAGUCUAGUGAUGAUAGCAAAGAGAACAC